GUGAGAAAUUAAAUUUCAAAAUGUAAUUAUUAAAUGUAUGACUGAGUUUCAAAUGUUUUUCUAUAUCCAGCUAAUUAAAAAUAUUAUAACGUAAUAAUAGUUAAAUGUCACGUUCACCUUAUUAGAAAGAAUGCCUUCAAAUCAAUAUUAUCAUGAUUACCAUUUAUAAUAUCUUCAGUAUACAGGGCAUUUAUAAAAUCUGUAGAAAUUAAUUUUCUCUAAAUGCAACAAGUUUUAUGACCAACACUCACUGUCUAUAAAAGAUGACUUGGUUGGCAGAAGAGGAAACAGUUUCUUCAGACCUUCCAGCCCCAGUCAGCCCUGGUGACAUUGCAUAUCAGCUUCUACAGGGCCUCCCACAUUCCUUGGCUUGUGAUGUCCCUUCCCCAUCAUCAAAGACAGCAACGAAACUUCAGGCUACCAUACCUGUUUCAACUGCAGGAGAAUCUCAGCUCUGGAGAGCUGACCCUCCAGGUGAAGCAUUAGGCUUUGACACAAUUUGUCUGGUACAGGCUGUAGAUCUGGUUUGGGCCCCAGACUAUCUUCCGUGUCCUCAAGAAUCAAAACCAAUUUGGAAUAACUCCUGGCCCACUCAGCCAGCACCUUUCCGGUAA